AUGCCUCGAUCUAAUUCCAGAGCAAAUGAUAGAAAAGCCAAGGCAUCUACCGGAGCCCCAGGCCCCAAGCCUCCGGCUCAGUCUAAUAUUGCCAUUCCUACUUCCCCGGCUACAAUCGAACGAGGAACCCAAACAGACUUAACAGGGGUUUUAACAAGAAAAAAGGAAGUUGAACAUAGAGACUCUGCCAGUGUUCAAACCUUGAUUGCAGACAACAGCCCACCCCAAACAUAUUCCGACUCGGCGCUGAGCUCGCAUUCUCCCCCAAACGGGACAACAGAAGCCAAAGACAACUUGAUUGUGGGUUGGAAUGGACCUCAUGACCCGGAACAUCCCCAGAACUUCUCUAAAACUCGCAAGUGGGUGAUCACCGUUAUACUCGGUCUGAUGACGAUCUGUGUGACAUUUGCUUCGUCUGUCUUCAGUACAGCAACAAAAGUCACGGCAGAAAAGUUCAAAGUUUCACAGGAGGUAAUGGUAUUGGCUACAAGCUUGUUCGUUCUUGGAUUCGCCUUUGGUCCUAUUAUUUUUGGUCCCAUGUCAGAGUUAUACGGGCGGAAGCGACCAUUGUUUGCCGGCCUCUUCAUCUUCGCAGUUUUCCAAAUUCCAGUCGCUGUAUCGCAAAAUUUGCAAACUAUCUUCAUCUGUCGCUUCAUAGGCGGACUUUUUGCGAGUGCACCGCUAGCAAUAGCCUCUGGUAUUUUAGCAGACUUGUUCGGACCAGUAGAGCGGGGAAUUGCAGUUUCCAUAUUCGCUGGGGCUACCUUUAUUGGACCUGUUGCCGGGCCAAUUGUGGGUGGCUUCAUCACUAUAUCGCACCUAGGGUGGAGAUGGACAGAAUAUAUCACAGCUAUAAUGGCCUUCUUUUUCUCGACCAUUGGGUUGAUCCUCAUCCCCGAGACUUUUGAAGGAACUUUACUUACAAAAAGAGCAUGGCGGCGACGAUUUGAAACCAAGAACUGGGCUCUUCAUGCAAAGGCAGAAGAAAGAAAAGUCGAUAUAAAGGAUAUUGCAACUAGAUUCCUCAUUAGGCCCUUCAUAAUGCUGGGUCAGGAGCCGAUUCUUCUGCUCAUCACAUUAUAUAUGGGUUUCAUCUAUGGAUUCCUCUAUCUGUGCUUCGAGGCAUACCCUAUUUCAUUCCAGGAAGUACGGGGCUGGAAUGAUGGGGUGGGUGCUUUGCCUUUUGUCAGCAUUACAGUUGGAGUGAUUAUAGGGUGUGCGAUCAUCAUAGGAUUCUCUUUGACCAGAUAUCGGCGUAUCCUACAAAAGACAGGCAAAGUCAAUCCGGAAGAGAGGCUGAUUCCUAUGAUGAUCGGGGGGAUUCUAUUACCAAUAGGAAUGUUUUGGUUUGCGUGGACAUCAUCUCCUGGUAUCAUAUGGGUGCCUCAGGCCCUUUCUGGAGUUUUUCUCGGAGCUGGAGUGCUAUUGAUAUUUUUACAAGGGCUGAAUUAUAUCAUCGACGUGUAUACUGUGUAUGCAAACUCGGCCAUUGCGGCUAAUUCUUUUUUCCGAUCGUGGCUGGGUGCUGUAUUCCCUUUAUUCGCGAGCGCUAUGUUUCACAAUCUAGGUGUAAACUGGGCCAUGACCCUCCUGGGCAUUUUAACUGGUUUGAUGUUCCCAGUACCGGUUGCCUUUUUUAUCUACGGACCGAAGAUCAGAUCUUGGAGCAAGUUUAGUGUAGGCGAUUAA